CAACUAGCUGUACGCUUGUGGAACCAAAAAACACUAAGAACUGCAACUUCUCGCUUGUUCUUUUUAAAAAGCAGUAUUUUUCACUUUUACUUUUUUUAAAAAAACAGUAUUAUUCUUUAUCUGUCAUGUCGAAGCAAACAAAGAGAAAAGAACAAUCUUCAAACCGAAUGAAUUCAGCAGCUGGACAGACUCCAGUUAUAAAAGAAACAUCAUCAUUGGUUGCUAGCACUGCUGCAACAGUGGUUGAACCCGAAAAAGGAAAGUUUCCGAUCUGGCCAGAGUGGAAUGAAGCAGAUAUAAAUGCAGAGAAAUGGGAAGGAGCAAAGGGGACAAAAGAUCGAGACAAAUCUGGUAAAAGCCCCAGUCUUAACUUUUUUGAAGAUCCUGAAGGGAAAAUUGAGUUGCCUCCGUCAGUGAAGAUUCAUUCAUGGAAGCGUCCUUCUGAAUUUCUAACAAUGUCUGACAAGGCUCCUGUGAUUGUGGAGAAUGAAUGCUGGUUUGACUUUGUUUCAGCAAAUGAACAUUUAGUUGGUAGUGAGUUGUUAAGACUGAUAAUCAGUGAAAUCAACAUUGUUUGGAAAAUCUGCAAUGGGAACUUGCCAAGUGAAAAAACAGGUGUAACAGACCCGUCACUGCUAUCAUGGAAACCUUGGGAGCACAUAUAUGCACACUGUAAGGCUGGAAAGGGACAAAUACCACUGUACAACAUAUUUGGGAAAUAUGUGGUGAAACUCUUUUGGAUGGGGUGUUGGCGAAAGAUCACUGUGGAUGAUACAGUACCUUUUGAUGAGGAGAAUAACAUGUUGCUGCCAGCUACAACCUGUCGAACAGAACUGUGGCCACUGUUGCUGUCCAAGGCAAUCCUUAAACUAGCAAACGUUGAUGUGAACACAUGUGGAAAAAGGGAACUUGGGGAGUUUACAGCCUUGCACUCCCUCACUGGUUGGCUUCCAGAGGUCAUUCCACUUCAGGUUGGGUACCUGGAUAAGGUUUGGAAUCUUUUAAAAGAUAUAGUCCCAAAAUUCCAAUUUCAAGAUCAAGAAAGUUCUGAAACCAAAAGCCCCUCUACUGAUUCAAAAUUGAAGGACUCCAGAGCAAAUGAGGUCAAGAGUGAAACACCACCUGCCAACAAAACAUCCGAAAAAUACAGCAAAGAUGCUGGGAAGAAAAAAGGUAAAGAUGUGGAGAAAAAGUUACAUUCUGCUCGGCCUUCAUCGGAAGCUCAAAAUCCUCUGCAUCAUUCUGUGUGUGAGAGUGCGGUUCCACAGAUUCCACAAAUGGUUGUUUGUGCCAGCUAUUUACCUUUACAUUUGUCAGAAAAGAAGAUUUCUAUCCUUGGUCAAAUGGCUGAUUCAUCAGAGACGCUACGGCAUUAUGGGCUGUCCCAUGCAUACAGCCACCCAGUGUUAGUGACCAGAACAAGGUCAUGCCCCCUUGUUGCUCCUCCAAAACCACCACCUAUUCCUAGAUGGAAACUUAUAAGACCAAAAAGACGCACAAACCCAACAGAUGAACCAAAAGAACCAGUGAUUGUGAAACCUGACCAGUUUGUUGAGAUUGCAAGCCCUUUCCUUAAUUACAGACUAAAUCCUAUCCAUAUAACUUCAGAGCAUGAGCUACACCCACCGUCUGUUGGAAAGGAGCUAGGUAGCCCUAGCCUUACAUCCUUUACAGAGACUGACCAUGAGAGUGACAAUAAUAUUGACAGUGCAAAGGAGAGUCUCAAUCCAGAGGAGGAAUUAGAUACUACAGAGGUAUCUGCAGCUGACAGAAACAAAGAGAACGCUGUGAGUAGAGAACAUGUAGCCUCUGAAGCUCUUCACAUGUCAGAGGAAGUUGCAGUAUCCAGCUAUGUGACAGAUAAAUCACAGGAAGUUGUUCAUUCUGAAAAGCCCGUCUCCAGGGAAACAUGGAUUGACUUUGAUGACUUCUGCAAGUGCUUCCAAACUUUGUUGGUUUAUCAUAAACCAAACACAUACUCAAAUUCAUUCCAGAAGUCAGACUUUAAGAAUGUGGUGUCAGGGAAAGGAUCUGCUACCAGUGUGUCAAGCAGUGCUCCCUCUGCAAUUACCGCCUCCUCCCCUGCCAAGCAACAGGGCUCUACAGCAGCUGCAGUCACAACACAAUUACAAGAUGAAAAAUGUUCUUCUCACUACUUAUUUGUGGACAACCUGAAGCCAACAGAAAUCCUAAUAAGCUUCUCUGCACUGGUACACUGGGGAGACGUUCAGACCAAAGGAAAACAUGAAAAAGAGGGUCAGAAGGACAGAUGCUUGCUGCGGCCUGGUAUGCUUGUUGUUGAACCUUUCUCCUGGAAAUGUCUGUCUCCUCGUCCACCUGUGCUACAAAUCCAUACUUUUGCCACCAAAGCAACAAUGUUGAUUCUACCACCGGGGCGUCACGUGUCACGCUUCACUGCAACUUCUCCCCUAGGGUACCACAUCCACCUGAGCAGUACUGUGCCAUUUGUCUUUGGUGAGGAGGAAACUGUCAUGCCAAACCUUGACAAGGAGAGCAACUGUUUUACAGAACAAGCUCUGGUUAUCAUGAAAGCUAUUGGAAACGUGAUCAAUAACUUCAGUGACGAGAACGAACUUCCCCAGGCCCAGAAAGAGAUGGAACAAGCUCACUGCCCCCCACAGCUGCACAGCACAGGCAUGAUUAAAGGACACUUCAAGGCCUUCAAUAAAGCCCUGUACUGCACAGUUGCCAGAGCUUUGGGAAGCACUAUAACGCUUGAAGACAUCUUUGCGAUCAGGGCACUUACUCAAGAUGUUACCAUUGGCAGGGACAGCAAGGAACACCUCUCUUCAGGUCCCGGAACAGAAGAGCCUGAGUCAUGGAUAAACAGAGAACCCGCUUUGGAAGAAACACAGGCAGUAACCAAACUCCAGGCUGGAUGGAAAGGAUGUUAUGUUCGUAAAGUCAAACAGGCCAGUAAACCAGGUACAAAAGAAAAUGUGUUUGCUAAAAAAAUCUUGCAGAGAAUAUGGACUGCACUGGAGCCAAAUAUUGAACAUCAUGCUGUUGUUUUAUUAAGACACAUUUUCAGAAGCAAUGAGAAGUCAGUCCAACUGUAUCCAUGCUUUCAUGAUGAAUGGACCAAAAUGUGUUUUGAUGACUAUUGUGUAACAUAUCCUGAUCAACCAAUGAAUAGCUGGUUCAUAGUUUUCAGGGAGGUGUUUCAUGUCCCCGAAGACAUGCUGGUGGUUCCCAAGGUUUCCUGUACUUUACCAGCCUGCAUUCUUCAUGUGGUUAACAACGACACAGGGGAGGAAGUUCCCAGAGUCUUUCAAAAAGUGGAACCCAGAGUUUAUACAAAGAACAUUAAUGGAUAUACCUUCAUGGCUGAAGCACAUACUGGCGAUUUACUACUACCAGCAGGAAAGUGGAAAUUGCUCCUGAUUGGCUCUUACAAUCCCUUGCCAGUUCUCGGCCGUGAGACUGUAAACAACAAUUUUUCAAUCAAGGAAGUAAAGGAUUAUUUCCUGCCUAAUGAUAAAAACCUUAUCUGUAGGUACCAAGUAAAGGUUAUUUCGGAUCAUCUUGCCACUGUCCAAGUACAGACUUCCAAACCAGACGUGUAUAUCAAACUGCAAAUUCUAGAUAAUGAUGAUGAAGUGGCUUGCAGUACUGGGAAAGGUCAUGCUGUUGUUCCUGCUUUCACUUUUUUACCAAAUGAAAGGCCAUCAUCCCCAUCACGUAAAGGUACGGCUAAACAAAGCCUGACAAUGGGAAGUGAAAAAGAAAGAAGCAGCUCUGCUUGCAGUCAAAGUGCCAGAUCUGUUGAAGAAUCCCAGUCUCAGCGGGAUGACGAGACCGGCAGCUCCACACCUCUGCAAAUGAUGCACAAGUACAUAAUUCAAGCCACAGUGCUGCACAAGAGCUGGACCUUGAGUGAAAGUGAGCUAGCCUUUGUGCAGGUGCUGAAAGAAGCUGAGAAAAAUGAUAUUAAAGUUCAUGGUGAGAAGCGUGAGGAAUCUACAACCCCAGUAAGCGUGGAGACACCACAGAUUGAUUCACAGAAACCAGCAGCGACACCCCCUAAAUCAUCAGGCAAAAAGGGAAGGGAAAAACCUGUUGAGAAAUCUGAAAAGGAUAAGCCCAGCAAAGACAAAGAGAAGAUAGUGCCAUUAUCCCCGUCCCUGGAUGCCAGUAAGCCCAACUGGACUCUUCGUGUUGUUAGUGACCAGAAUGACGCAGAAGCAAUUGAAGUAAAAAAAGACACUGAACGAGUGGAUGAAAUCAGGGCUUUGAAACAAGCAUGGGAAACAGCAGAACCAGGAAGAGCAAUCAAGGCAAUGCAGUCUCGCCUACAGUAUAUAAACAAAUAUAUGAAAAAGAUUUAUCCGGAGCCAUCUGCUGAGGGGGGCAAAGACGUUACUGCUGCAGCCCCAGAUGGAGGCAUUGUGUCUGCUAUUCCAGAGUGUCCUGCAACACCAUCCACUCUUGCUGCUAAUGAUCACGUUCGAAGGGUUUCAAUUGAAUCAUUUGUGCAGCCUCCCAUGGACUUUACUCCUUUUAUCAGAAAAUCCCUGCCAGAAGCUGUGCUGAAGGAUGAGUUUAUAACUGAGCAACAGCAGAAAGGGAAAUCUGAGGAAAUCCACCGGUUUCGCCAGUUUAGAGAGUUGGUAAUGGAGCGCAGAGAGCAGGAGAUGCAAUCAAGAAACAUCUCGAAGAAAAGACAGUUAGAGAUGUAUGAGCAACUGCAAAUAAUACUAGAUGAAAAGAGGCAGAGGAUCUUGACGUGCAGAGAAGCGUACCGGAGUAAACUGCUGGAGGCUGAGCGCAGGGUGAAGGAAGAAGCGGCUGACAUGGAAAUUUCACGUCAAGCUACGCUGGCAAAGCAUAGCCCCCCUCCCAAGCAGAAAGGGAAAAGUGCUGGGAAAAAGAAGUAAAUAGAACGGAAUUAUUAGUAGUAUUAUAUUAUUGUUAUUAUUAGUGAUUUAUUUUACUUCAAAGUUCUAUGUUAUAGUACGACACUAACUAUUAAAUGAG